CGUAUGCGCGUGCCCUCUCCCUCUCCUCUGUUCCUAGUUACAUAUAAGAUCGGCCCUUUCUCUCUCGUGCUCUGGACUUGAUCUGUUCGCCACCGACAACCAUCCCGUCAUCCAUCCAGUCAUCCGGUCAGCCAGCCGUCUCACGUGGAUCCAUCAUCAUCAUCGCCAUUACGCUUACCUGUCUGUACGCCUACCUGUCUGUACUCUUCGCACACCCGCAAACUGGCCCCCAUUUGGCUUCCUACUCCUGUCCAACAUACACUACUAUUUUCGCCCUCUGCCUAAAUAUACGUCGCUGUAAUUUUCCACUGAUCCGCCUUCGUCAUGGUCACUCGAGAGUAUGAAAAGAAGAGGCUCUAUCUCCACCACCCGGAGCCCGACUAUGCCGUUGUACGGAGCCGCGUCACGCGCAUCAUCCCUGCACCGGCGCCGCCGCCGCCGAUGAUCAUUGAACGGCCUGCCCUGCCACCUCCUCCGCCUCCGGUUUUCAUCCCCCCGCCCCCCGAACCAAAGCCCGAGCCAAAGCCCGAACCUCCGCCGCCUCCUCCGCCGGUCGUGAAGCCCAUGCCGCCUCUCCCUCCGCGGCCGCCGUCGCCACCAGAUGAUCCCAUCGAGGUCAUCGCCGUUGACGUUGAGCCGUCUCACAGGAGGAAGUCCUCCAAGUCGCGCUCGUCGCGCUCCCACAGCAGAAGCCACCGAGGACGAGACCGCGAAGUCAUCAUCGAGCGGGAGAGGAUCGUCCCUGUACGCGUCCCUGUUCCCGUUCCGGUCCCCGUUGAGCCUCAGUAUGAGACGUUUCGAUACGUCGAUGGCCCUCGACGGCACGCCCCCUCACCUUCCCCUCCACCGCCUCCUCGGAAAAUGAUCACUGAGGAUGAGCACACGAGAGUCCACAUCCACGAUCGGGAGUACUACAGAAGAUGAGCAAGAUGGUCCCAGAAACAGACGGGUUUUACUUUAACGGCCUUAUAUGAUAUGAUAACGAUUCUGGCUAUGUUAUUUUGGGGUAAACAGGUGUAUCAAGACGGUGUAAUACGUACGAAUGGAGUUGAGGCAAACUGAAA